AGCUCCAUCAAAUAGCUAAGCUAGAGAUAUAAAACCCUAGAAGAAGCUAAAAAGAAGAAAAUAUGGCAUGUUUGAAGCUUUGUGCAUGCAUGAUUUUGCUAUUGCUUACAUUUUCUAAAUCACAUUGUAGAAUUCUUGAGCCAAAUAAUUACCACCAUCAAGAGAAGAAAAACUUGAGAAAAAUGACUGAGGAGUUGCAAGAAAUUGCAAAAACAUUUCAAGAGGUAAGAGUGGGAGAUGAUCAAUAUUAUAGCGACUCCAAGAGACGAAGUCCAGGGGGUCCUGACCCUAAACAUCACUAGAAAUUUAAUGUAAUUUCCGCCAUUGAAGCCUUAAAGUAAGGUUUUCUUUUUGUUUAUGGCAUUGAGUCAAUGUAGCAAUUGUAAUUUUUGAUGCUAGUUUUAACCUUUCUUAAAUUCCUUUUUUUGCUGAGAGACGUCGGGUUAAAAGAAUUUACGGUUGCUAAAUUAUAGACACUUUACGCUUUGGUUACUA